AAAAGUAGUCCUCUUGUCCUUUCUUGAGAUGCUGAGUUGGCGAACUCACUAUCAUGGGCCUUCAUGAAGCACUUAGAGUUUCGAAGAUCCCUGGUUCGUCUUCUCAAGAGGGCUGCCAUUAUUACAAGACCGACAUAUCGAGAGAAUGGUGUAUUGGAGGUAUACCUCAAGGCGGCUAUGCUGUUGGUCUUAUACUGUCGUCAGCUUGUGACCUACAAUCAAACACGCCUCAUCCUGACCCUGUGCAUCUCACAGCACACUUCUUGCAACCUGUCGACAUUGCGGAAGUUGGAGUCCGCGUGAACGUAACGAGAAGAGGCAAGAGGUUUACGAACAUUGAUGCGGAUCUUGUUCAAGAUGGAAAGCCAAAGAUUACUGCUAGAAUGAUAUUUGGUGUGAUACCCGACCUCACAGAACUAUCUGCAUCCUCGAAUCCUCUUACAUUAACACCACCAUCACCCAACGCACGUCGAAUCCCACUUUCACAGCAUCCAUCUCUUGCUACUCCUGAUAGACCGAACGACAAGUAUCUGUAUCAGAUUAAAUCAGAGGAUCGAUUUUUCGAGAAGAGGAAUGCAGAACGCGCGAAACGACAGGCUGCAGGAGAGGCUGUCGCGUCACAGGACUGCGGACUCGAAUGGGGUGCAUGGCUCGAAUUCAGUGAUCCGAAGGAUGUGUUGGAUGUUGCCAUGAUGCCAUUCCUCGGGGAUACAAUGAAGAACCUACCCAGUCUCUUACCACGGGAACACAGGCCAGGUCCAAGUUGGUUUGCAACUGUGGUCUUGACCUUGGAGUUCAAGUCGCGGAUUCCAUCCCUUAUUUCGAAUUCUGGGUCUUCGCAAUCGCCCUUCUCUCCUCGAACAGUUGGCAUUUACUCUUCAGCGCGAUUCAUGUCGGAGGGACGUCACGAUGCAUACGUAGAAAUCUGGACCGCCCCGUCGACAAUAGGCAGCGCGAAUCCGGGCUCACGGGUAGAGUCGGAGAAGAUAGAUGCAGAGUGGCGAGAAAAACAAGUCUGCUUGGCCAUUGCCACGCAGAUGGCACUGACUAUCCCUGAGGAGAACUCGCGUAGAAGUCGUCUAUAGAUCAGAUCUUGACCCAGAAUUGGAUAGAUUUCGGCGUGGUGCUUUCUGGGCUAUCGUGCAUAUAUUAUUAAAUAAUGCAGCCUAAAUCUUAAUGUUCAGACAGGAUGUAAUGAAGGAUUCACUGUAUUGAAAUGCC